UUCCUAACAAAUCAGGACCAUGGAUGUCGCGGGAAGACUUGUGGACUGGGAUGUUUCGUCUCAUUUUUCGCCCUUGUCACACAGUGUCCGCGUUCUGGAAACAAUGAACAAACACAGGAAAGAUUGCCUUAAGCUGUGUGAUGUCGUUCUUAAAAUUGGAGACGAACAUAUUCCAACUCACAGGGCGGUAUUGGCAGCCUGCAGUUCGUACUUCUACGCCAUGUUUACGAGCGAUCUGGUUGAGAGCCGACAAAAAGUUAUUACCAUGAAAGACAUAGACGCCUCUGUGAUCCAAAUGUUAGUGGAUUUUGCUUACACGGGAAAACUUGAUGUCAAUGUUGAAAAUGUACAAACCAUAUUGUCAACGGCAUCGUUGGUGCAAUUUCACGAAGUGCGAGAUUUAUGCUGUCAAUUUUUGGAAACACAGUUGGAUCCUUCGAACUGCUUGGGAAUCAGGAAAUUUACGGAAACUCAUGGCUGUACUAAUUUCCUGGAAGUUGUGGACAAUUUUGUGUUGGAAAACUUUCGGGAUGUUAUGAAAUCAGAGGAAUAUGCUUUGCUACCGAGUGAGUUAUUGGUGAAAGUGGUCUCAAGCGAUGACUUGAACAUAAUUGCUGAAGAGGAAGUGUAUGAAGCUGUUAUGUCUUGGGUAAAGCAUGACCUAAACAAUCGCGUGAAACAACUCCCUCAUUUGAUAGAGUUCGUUCGAAUGCCUUUGAUUUCAAAACAUUACCUCCUGGACCGAAUUGAUGCAGACAACUUGAUACGCUCCAAUUUGAAAUGUAGAGAUUUAUUGGAUGAAGCGAAGAAGUAUCAUCUGAUACCUGAGCAGCGAGGACUGUUUCGCACAGAUCGUAUGAAACCCAGAAAAUCUAUGAUGGGAACAUUAUAUGCGGUUGGAGGAAAAGAAGCCGGGGAAACUAUUUCAAAUACAGUGGAGUGCUACAGGUAGGUUACCGACUUCCUUUUAGUCAUUGAUUGAUGGCACUCAUCUGAAGUUAAAGUUUAACUCAAGUUCAACAGCGUCUGUAUAUACAGCCGCUGUAUAUUUUAGUUUUUCUUUUUUCUUUUUUUGUUUUUUAUUGUAAAAAUAUUAACUUCCAACUCGAGCAAAGCCGAAUAUCUGAAACAUUUAUUUAUCAAAACAGGCUGGAACAGUCAGGAUUAAAGGUUCUUUCUCUUUUAAAACCAGAUCUUUAUUGUUUGGAACAAUGUCUUUGUUAGGAUAAAAUUUUGGCAUUCUUCAAGAGGAGAUAAUUUUCUAGCCAAGUAAAAUUUACACCUUGAGAGAGGUGUGAUCAAAAUCACCCUGGCAUGUCUGAAGGAUGUAAAUGAAAAAAAAAUUUUUCCCUCUUCUUUUUAUUGGCCAACAGGUUCAUAUACUGGUUCUCUUCUUAAGAUCGUUAAAUUGUAAAUAGUUCUCUUACUGCAAUGUGCAGAUAAAUUAAAGCUUCUACUCAAAUAUGGGAAGUGCAUUGUUAAAGCUGUAUGCAUGCAUGGUUGAUUAGCGGACAAUAUUUGUGUCAUUUCUUUCCCUUAUUACCAGUUUACAAACAAACAUUUGGCAGCAAGCCCCACCACUUAAUGUCCCAAGGCAACAACUUGGUACUGGAAGUUUAGGAGGCUUCCUGUAUGCUGUUGGUGGUUCAGAUGGGUAUUCGCGUUUGAGCACAGUGGAACGCUUUUCAUUAGAGACAAACCAGUGGAUGUAUGUCAAGGCACUUAAUACUAGUCGCUCUGGUGUUGGAGUUGGUGUUCUUGGUGAAGCAAUGUAUGCAAUGGGUGGUUAUGAUGGGCGAUCAUGUUUAAAAACAGUUGAAAGAUAUGACCCACUGGUUGAUAUCUGGAGUUUUGUUGCACCUACAAAUAUUACCCGCAGCUUCCCUGGUAUGUAACAGAUUCCUUCACAGUUCCUUUUAUUGCAAUGGUUGUUUGUGAUCAUCCAGAAAGGGUGAAAAUUUCAUAUUAAUUAUCCAUUCAAGUGUAAUUUAAUGACUAUUUGGCUGAUUUAGUGUCAAGAUGCAAAAUAUUGAACUUUUUGAUAUAGUAUCGAGAUUGUCAAGUGUAUACAAGAUAGACCAUUGUUGCUAUGGAUAAUAAGAGUUCUUGUUCAAACAGGAGUGGCACAGCUUGGAGACCGCAUCUUUGUGAUUGGUGGUAACGAUGGAGUCUCAUUCCUCAACUCAAUUGAAUGCUAUGAUCCUCAUACAAACAGAUGGACUCUUCUACCCCCCAUGAGUCGGCCCAGGGCUGGGAUUGGAGCUGCAGCUUUAGAUGGUUACAUCUAUGCUAUUGGUGGUUUUGAUGGUGCAUCAAGGCUUGAUAUAGUUGAGAUGUUUGAACCCCGUAAGAAUGCAUGGAUAGAAGUUGCUCCUCUCAAUUCAUGUCGUGAUGGUGUUUGUGUAAUGACCUAUGGUUGCUGGGUUUAUGCCGUUGGAGGUAUUGAUGGUCCAUCAUAUCUUAACACAGUGGAGGCCUAUGAUCCAAGAAAUGACCAAUGGGAAGAUGUAGUUCCUAUGACAAGAUGUCGGGCUGCAGCAGGGGUUGCAGUUUUACACAGCCCUGUUUAAUAUAUAAGUGAUGGAAUAUAAUCUUUGUGGAAUGGUUUGGGUUUAGGGGAAUUUUAGGUAGUUAUGUCGAAUGUUGACACACAGAAGAAUUCUUUCAACCUCAAGUGUUUGGAUGAGACCAUUAAAACACAGGAAAAGUCCCCUGUUGCUUUUAGCAAAUAUUUCUCAGAAUGAAGUCAAAACUAAAACUUCACAAACAUGCUUACUGACUUAUAUCUGAACACAUCAAUUAACAAAAAGAGAGAAUGGGGUAUCUGUCAUUUUGUAAAAUUUCAUCUUUGUUAAAUAUGAACCCUUAGUAAAAGAUAUUUGCUUUAAUAAUAUAUUAAAUAGGAAAAUUCUUUCAUCACGUAUGUCUAUUUGUAAAAGUUUAAUAUGUUGUUUCUUUCUUUUGGUAGUCAGUUAAAUUGUAUUUCUUGAGUAAAAUCCAAGCUUAAUCCUUUGUAAUGUGGUGUCAUUACUUAGUUGUAGACAUAAGCUUUUCCUGCUAAGACACGCUCAGUUGCUGCACCACCAUGUUGCAUCUUUUUGAUAACCAAUGUCACCUAACUAACAGAAGCAAAUAGCACUGCCUUUCAUUUUUAAGUUUGCAUGGCAACAAAAUUUGUCGUACAAAAUGAUUGUAGUUGGUUGUUUUUGCUAGUAAGAAUUCAAGGGUUGGGUUCAUCAUCCCUGUUUAUUGCAGUUCCUUGAAAUACUCGAGUCUGAUUGUCACAAAAAUUUUAAUCAUUUUUAUGUUUGAUAUAUUUUUGCAGAUCAAUUCCAAUCUGGCAUACAAUGUAGUAUGUUUGUAUUUGCACUUAAUGAAAUUUUUCUGACCCUAAUUCCAGUUUGGACACCAGUGUCCACCUUUUAAAAAUUGUUUAUCUA